UGCCUCGUAUUACUAAACUUCGACAUUCGUGUGAUACUCGACUCGAGGCGAUAGGUGAUUCGAGUAGAACGGCGCGCACCGGACGCACGCCUUCAUGUUCAUAUUACGAUAUAUCUCAGAUGUCUUCGAAAGUGAGUUGGUUUGCUUGAGUGAUUAAGCCGCCAAGAAAACAACGAAUGAAAGAAAUGUGAAUUUUGUGUUUUGGUGUUAAAGUCUAACUUGACUUGUGUAUAAAAAAGUUUACCGAUGAGUAUCACGUGUGACUGUUGAUCCUGUUUUGCUGAAACUAUCCCGCCAUGGAGACUGAAGAACUUACUAAACUUGUCGAUGGCAUAUACAAGAAUAUCCUGGAUAAAUUCAAUCCAGGAGCGCGGCAGAUGAUAACCGCUGGUAAAGCCUAUCUAAAAGCUUUGCACGGUGCUGCCGCUGCAUCUCGCCUGUAUGUGGACGCGGUGGGGAAGCUGGGACGACAAGCUCAGCAAGGCACUUGGGGAGGAUGUGCCGAUAUAGGGACUGCGUUGAUGAAGGUCGUUGAAGUGUAUCGAGAAAUCCAAGACCAACAGAUGAAUAUCCUGAAAGCUUUCUACGUAGAUUUGUUGGUGCCCCUGGAAACUAACCUGGAGAAAGAUACAAAAGUAGUACAGUCGGAACAAAAGAGGUUCUUGCAACAGCACAAGCUGCGUUCAGAGAGCUACAGUAAAGCCGCAGCCACUAUCAAGAAACAGAGGAAGAAGAAGCCCAACGCUACUAAAGCUGGUUCUGCUAUGGACAAGGAAAUGAAAAACAUGCAGAUUCUGGAAGAGGAGAAAACUAAAUUAGAUGCGUUUUGCGAGCAAAGCUUGAAGAAUGCUAUGACCCAAGAACGUCGACGGUACGGUUUUGUACUUGAAAGGCAGUGCUCACUUGCUAAACAUUGGUUAGCUUACCAUUCCGCGGGGGCAAACGCAUAUAACGCAGGCUUGGAAGAGUGGCUUGAAGUGUCCAGGACAAGGGAAUACCUUCCACCCAACGUUGAAGCCAUGUUUGUCAGCAGAAUGAGGCAAGUUUCUUUCUGGGCCGAUGAAGAUGUGUAUGCGAGUCCUCGAAUGGGAGACGACGAUGACCGAGCUUCAGUUGGUUCAGCAUUGAGGAAGACACGCUCUGUCGAUGCUUCGUGUCUCGAUGUGAGGUCAAUCGCGGAUUUGGGAUCGCCUGCACAAGGACUUUCGAGAGCCAAGUCCGAUUUUAAUCUGCAAACUUUGCCAUCUGGUGAUCAAGACAACGAAUCUCGCACAGCAACCCGUCCAACAUCUCUUGCUCCACCCACCUGCACAUCCCGAGACCCUCCUUUGGCCCGAGCUCUGUACGCCUACGCAGCAGCCGGUGACAAUCAGCUCAGCUUCCAACAGGGAGACGUGUUGGCACUGUUAGGAGAGAGGACCAAGGGCUGGCAGUAUGGAGAGAACAUGCGUACACAUCAAGCUGGCUGGUUCCCUUUGGCUUACACUGAGCCUAUUGUUAAUGAUGAUACCACGGGCAAUUCUCCGGCCCGCUGGAGCAGCGCCCAGACGCCGAGCGAAGCUCCUCCGCCUGCGCCCUUGACCCAUGCGCAAGGAUCUAGUACGCCAACCGUCCACGCCGGUCACUCGCACCCGCCAACUCGCAUCUUCGGAGACACUAUCACUGCCCAUCACGUAACUAAGGGUCGUCUUGGAAGCGGCUCUCCAGGUUUACCGCCAACACUGCCAGCUCCAUCACCCAGUGCUUUGACCACAUCAGCUAGCGCAAACUUUCACUCUUCCACUCCAGCCCCUGCAACUACUAGCGCCAUAAAGAACUCCACUUCAGCUGCUAGCUUCACUACACACGCUGUUAUUGAGACAAGAAGUUUUGGACCACAGACAUUGCCUUUACGCUCACAGGUAGCACAAAAUAAAGCAGGGCCAGCUAAAACUGUAGUAUCAGCGGUGGGCGCCGUUGGUAACGUGUCACUGCACAGCUCUAAUGAUUCUGGAUUCUCCAAUGAACCUCCGCCACAGCCCGAUGUUGAUUACAGCGAUGAAGAGGCCCAGAGACUUCGUGUACCUAUAAGUAAGUCUGGGCAAGCAGCCAACAAUCAUAAAGCCUAUCUGCUCAAAACGCAAAGCCUGAAACGACCUCAGAGGCCUGUAAACGCCAAUGGUUAUUUAACGGACGACCAACAGUUAAUGCUACGAAACAUGCUUGACAUGGACAAAGACUCCCAAAAAGUCAAAAGAACAAAAUCGUUCUGGAAAUUCGGACGUACAACAUCUGAAGAAAUAAUGGAAGGCAUGUCACUUUGGCAACAUAGAGAUAUAGUCGAUACUGUGCCAGAGUACAAGAUGAAACUUUUUACUAAAAUUAAAAAGGAAUUGAGACCAGCUCCUGAAGUGCCUGAGCUAAGAAAACCACCAAGCCCCGAAAAAUCCCCUCCAGUCGAACCGGUUCAGCCGCGCAUUAAAGAAACAAUUGAUAGAAAAGAGAUGAAAGUCCCUAACGGAAUUAGACAAGCUAGAAGUUUAGGAUCCAUACAAGCUGAAGACCGCAUGGAAAAAGUUAGAAAUGGGGGUGACAAUUAUCCAUCGAUGAAUAAAAAAAGCAUGUCAGAAAAAUCCAUCGCUGAAGAGAAAAGUGAAGAUUUCAUACCAAGAAAUGAAUCAAGACACUCCGAUAUGACUAAUACAAGUACAAUAAAAACAAACUUUGAAAACAGUUUCUACAAUGAUGAGACUGGUGAAGGUUUUGUGAUGAAGACGGUGAAACGAAGAGAGAUUUUACAAAGAUAUGACAAUGACAGCAGUUCUGAAGUCAAUUCUGUUGCUUCCAGUACCGAUCCUUACGAUUGCAUCAUCGUUGAUGACCACAUGACACCGAGGAAGCAGCAAGAAAUUGAAAGACGUCGCCAGGCAAGAUCGCUUGACGAUGAUAUUAAAAAACGCAAAGAAAAUGCGUACAUGCCCGAGUUUGAGGAAAUAGAGAUAACUCCAAUAAAGCCCCAUGUUCGUGCCACACUUUCUUCUGAAAAAUCUAAGAAGUCCUCUCACGAACGUUCUCCACCCAAAACUAUGGAAUUUAAAACAUUCAAAGACAACUCAAAAGAAAUUAAAACUUAUUCCGCUUCAUCGGAGACUCUGAAAUAUAAAGAUAACGAGAUCAAAACUGAUCGGUAUGGUAUCCCAACUAAAAGGAAUCCGAAUGAUAUCAGAAAUGAAGACUCAUAUAAUGGUGUUGAUGAAGGAACUCUUAAAUAUAAAAAGCGUUCAAGUAAAGAAGAAAAAAUUCGGAAGAACAAUUAUGAAAAUGACAAAAACCAUAAGGAAGAGUAUCCACAGGUCGAAAUGAGAAACCAAAAGAAGGAAAUACGGCCACGUAAUGAUUAUGACAACCGCGAACCACGUAUUGAUUAUUCCUUGGAUAGACGAAACAUAAGGAAGGACUUAACAAAUCCAAAGAACAGAGAUUUCAAAAACAGAAGCAAACUAAAUAAAAGUUAUGAUGACAGCUCCUUACAAUACAACGGGCGUAGAGAAGAACGUUAUUAUGAGUCGAAUAUUUCAUACUUCAGCGACCAAGAGCGACGUGUAUCGCGAUACGAUUACGAAACAGACUCGAAAAAAGCUGAAAAGUCGAAAAUACGACAAGAAGAAGCGAGACUGGAGGCGAGACGAUUCAUAGAUCGUAAUAGUGAAGGACCUUAUAGCGAGUCUGAUGAUCAGAAAUUUAAUGAAGCCUUGAAACAGCAAAGACCACAACUACUACCUCGAACUAAAUUACUGAAACGGACGGUCGAAGGAAGUGAGUUACCGGAGGAUGGACAUACAUUUGGUCCGUGGUACGAUUUGUGGGGUCGGGAAACUGCAGUUUACAAGUAGAAUAGCUUAGGUUUGCGUUAUUUUUAAUUAGCUACUAGAUGGUCCUUUGUUUAUAUUACGUAUUAUUCAUUUUGUUGCUAGUUUUUCUCUACAAGAAUUGCUAGAGUUUUGAAAUCCGAUGUUUUUAAUAUCUUAAUAUAACCAAUAUACAAUUGUAAUUACUCCAAGGUGGUGAAAGUUAGCUGACUUGAAUUAACUUAUACGAUAUUUUU